UCUCUUGUUAAUAUUUAAAUGGACACACAAACGGACUUUCAUUUGUCGCGACCGCAGAUAACAUUGCAAAACAUGAAUCCAGGCAGCAAGUUACCUCUAACAUCAUUCACAGAAAUGUGGUAUCAAAUAUUUCUCUGGGCCCUGUUCUCCUCGAUGUUUAUACACACGAUAGCUGGUGCAUAUUGUUUCGAUACUUUGCGCAAGCACAAAUAUGGCAAAUAUUUUCCACUGGUUAUCAUAAUAAUGGGUGUAUUGUUGCCACUGACAUCGGGUGUUGUCAGUUCGGCGGCGGUUGCCUUUGUAUAUAGAGCGUCCAGUUACCAAAUGCCACCCUUAUAUGCAUUAUUAUGGGGUAUCGGACAAACUGUGGUAACAGUAUGUGUAGGAUUGACACGAAUCUUGGCAACUUUGUAAUCAGUUUUCACAAAAGCUGCACUUGUAAUAUUUGUAGAUAUAUCCAAGAAUAAUAAUCAAGUAUUUCCUAAAUUAUAUAUAUGUACAUAUAUAUAGAUAAGUUCAUCAUUCUAAGCUAGUUGCAUUGACAUUUAUUAUUUGAAUUGUAAAAAUAGUGAAAAUUGCAAUUAUUAUUCAAAACUUUAACUGUUGGAAAGUUCUUAGCAAUAAGAAAACAUAUUUAUCAAAUAUUAGAGUAAAAGCAUCAUAAUUAUCAUACAUGUAUAUAAUAAUAAAGUUGUAAUUAAACAUU